CUUCUUCUGACUGAUCAAUUCUAUUCAGUAUUAUCAUAGCCAUCAUGCGUGCUAUUCGUAUCGCUAUUCUCGAGUGUGACACCCCUAUCGAUCCGGUCAAGGCUCGGUAUGGAACAUACGGCGACAGAUUUGAGCAUUUGCUCAGAACGGAGCUGAAAGAACUGGAUUUGGAUCCUGAAAUUGAGCUGCAAGCUACUAAGUGGGAUGUGGUUAAUAUCCAAGUGUACCCAAAGCCAGAAGAAUUUGACGCAAUUCUUUUGACGGGCAGCAAGCACGAUUCUUUCGCAGAUCAUCCAUGGAUAAUUAGCCUGACAAAUUUCGUGCACGACGUAUAUCACCAGCAUCAAAAGCCUAUCGUCGGUAUAUGUUUCGGACAUCAGAUCCUCGCACGAGCACUGGGGGCACGAGUUGGCAGAAGCGAUGCGGGAUGGGAAGUCGCAGUGAAAAACGUAUCGCUGAACGAAGCUGGGAAGGGCCUAUUUUCAAAGGAUACUCUGGCUUUACAUCAAUUGCAUCGCGAUGUUGUUCACGAGGUCCCAAAUGGAUGCGUGAACCUGGGCUCUACUGACCGGUGUGGAAUACACGGGCUAUAUCAACCAGGGCGGGUUAUUACGGUGCAAGGCCAUCCAGAAUUUAGUGAAUAUGCCAUUAGUAGAGUCCUCGAGAUGCGACAUGAGCAGAAAAUCUUUGACGACAAGCUCUUCCAGGACUCCAUGUCUAGGGCUGGAAAUGCGCAUGACGGUCGAUUUUUUGUACAAACUGUCUAUAUCAAAAUGUCGAACCAAAUCCGCACCAUCUCCCCCUCCACCAACCAAGUCAUCUUCGAGCACCCCGGAACCUCCGUCGAAGAGGCACGCAAAAUCGCCCAGGCUUCCCAAGAUGCAUUCAAAUCCUACAAGAAGACUCCCUUUUCUGAGCGAAAAUCUAUCAUCGUCAAGGCGCUCGAUCUGAUCGACGCUAACAAGGAGACGCUGAGCCAUGAAUUAACUACGCAAAUGGGACGUCCCAUUGCUUACUGUGCAAAGGAGAUUGACACCAUGCGGAAGCGUGCUGAAUAUCUUCUCAGCAUUGCAGAGGGCUGCUUGAAGGAGAUCCCAGGUCAGGCUGAAGCUGGCUUCAGACGAUCCGUAAGAAAAGAGCCGGUUGGACCCGUUCUGAUCUCGUGUGCAUGGAACUACCCAUACCUGAUCGCCAUCAACACCAUUGUCCCGGCCCUUCUGGCCGGAAACUCCAUCGUUCUCAGAGCCUCCCCUCAGACACCUAUCAUCGGCGAAAAGCUCGUCGCUUACUUCAACCAAGCUGGCCUCCCUCCGAACGUGCUACAAUUGAUCCAUUGUGGAAGCUUGGAUGUUCUGGAUGAGAUCGCCAAGAUUGAUGAGAUUAAAGUAAUCUCUUUUACUGGCUCCACAGCUGGAGGAAUCCGGCUUCGCGAGGCGACUGCACGAAGAGUCGUGCCUCUCAACCUGGAACUUGGUGGUAACGACCCAGCCUAUGUUCGAUCAGAUGCGGAUCUAAAAUACGUCGCUGGACAGGUUGUCGAUGGCGCUGUCUUUAGCUCGGGACAGAGCUGCUGUUCCAUCGAGCGAGUCUAUGUUCAUGCGGAUGUGUAUGAUGCAUUCGUGGGAGAGUUACAGGAAGAGCUGAAAACCUACAAACUGGGCGACCCUCACGACAAGACCACUACAACCGGUCCUGUGAUCUCGAAGCAGGCAGUGAAAAACAUCCAAUCCCACAUCGCAGAUGCCCUCUCGAAGGGAGCCGUCGACGCAACACCAGCAAAUGCAAGCUUCAACUCCCCGCCCGCUGAAGGGAACUACGUUGCUCCCACGCUCCUUCUUAAUGUCACACACGAAAUGGUCGUCAUGCAAGAAGAGACAUUCGGCCCAGUCAUCCCAGUCAUGAAGGUAGCAAGUGAUGACGAGGCAGUCUCACUCAUGAACGACAGCGACUAUGGCUUAACAGCAAGCGUGUGGACUAAAGAUGUGAAGCGCGGGGAGGAGUUGAUCGAGGAACUAGAGGCCGGAACAGUAUUCAUCAACCGAUGUGACUACCCGAGUCCAGAUCUUGCAUGGAUUGGUUGGAAGAAUUCUGGACUGGGUUGCACCUUGGGACCUCAUGGAUUCGAGGCCUUUUAUAAACUGAAGAGCUUCCAUAUCAAGGAAGCCCAGGCUUAGUUAAUGUGUUAGGAAUGUCUGUUGCUAGUUCUCAUGUAUCGUUAUAGGAAUUUAUGUUGAAUGACC